AUGAAUCAAAAUCAGCAAAACCAACGUGCUGAGGAAAACUAUGCAUCUGCUAUUGUUCAUCCUCGGUGUGGAGCUGCAAGCGUAAAAAUUGACUCCUCUCUAUACCAGUUGUUGAAGCUUGAGGGCUAUUUUCGGAACUCUAUCGAGAAUGACCCUCAACGUCAUUUGCAAAAUUUUGUGGAUGUGUGUACUAAUCACAUCCAAAAUAACAUUCCACAAGAUGCUAUUCGGCUGAGGUUAUUCAACUAUUCCUUAACUGGAGAUGCAAGAGCAUGGUUCAAGAAGCUGCCCCGGAAUUCCAUUACUACAUGGGCAGAGAUGGCAGCAGUCUUUCUCAAGAAAUGGUACCCUCCUAACAAGAAGGCUGAGAUUCGUGACAAGAUCUAUGAAUUUAAGCAGCAACCAGGGGAGCAGUUAUAUGAAGCUUGGGAGAGAUUCAAAGAGUAUUUGCAAAAGAUUUCGAAUCAUAGUUUUCCGGAGAACAUAUUAAUGGAGAAGUUCUAUCGAGGGCUGGAUCCAGUGAAGCAAUCAGUUGCUAACAAUGCAGCUGAUGGAUGUUUCAUGAAUAAAUCUUACCGACGAGUGACCAACAUACUUGACAGGCUGACCACUCCCAAUCAAGCUUGGCACUCAAACAAUGCUGACAUUGUGCCUUACGGUAGUACCAUGAUCCAGAAUAUGGUAAAGAAAAAUCUAGAUACCCAGCAAACAUUGGCUAAGCUUGCAACAAAUAUUUCCUUGCUAACAAAGAAGUUUGAUGAAACCCAGAUUAAGAAGGUGAAUGUUUGUGAGGAUGAUGUAGGUAUGCCAAAAGGGAUGUACCAGACCCAAGAGGGUCCAUUUCACGAGGGACUUCCUAUGCAGAUAGAAAAUGCUAACUAUGUGAAUAAUUCUCAAGGGGGUUAUCAAAGACAGAACUACCAAGGUAGUUACCAGAAUCAGAAUCAAUGGAGACCUCAGCAAGGUCAAGGUGCUUAUAACAACAACAACUCAGGGAACUACAAUAACAAUUAUGGUGGUGCGAACCAAGGGAUCUACAACAACAGUAACAAUUUUGGGAACAAGAUUUUCAAUCCUUAUAUACCACCAAAAGGGAAAUUAACAGAGCAAGGUAGUUCGAGGGUUGAAGCAAUGCUUGAGAAGGUCCUGGCAAAUCAAUCAAAGUUUGAGAGGACUUUAUCUGGGCUGACAGAGACAGUGGGUUCCCAUAUAGAAGCUAUUCAGAAACUCAAGUCACAGAUGCGAGAUAUUUCUAGAGAGCAGCACCCUCCUAAAAAGGGUGGACUUCCGAGUGACUGA